GUUAAAUAUGAAAUUCAAAUGUAUAAAAUUAAGUGCUAAUCGUCAUUCGCGAAUCAGUAUCCGUGUUGUACACACGUUCGCGAAGAUGUAUAAAUAUAUAGUAAUAUGUUUGUGUGUCUGUCUCAGUGGCGUUCUAGGUGACCUCAAUAAGGAAGAAGGCGCGCCGUGCGAGUGGGAUGGAGUCAAAGGCCAGUGUGUGAAAGAGACAAGAUGCCUGACAACUUUGGAUACCCGUGGAGACAAACAUUUAGUAUGUUCAAAGAAAGGCGAUGUGAAUAUAAUUUGCUGUACCGACUGUUCCCUGGUCAAUGACACAAGGAACGUGGUGAUGAGCCCAAGAACUGGUUUCUUCUGGAAGGAUGGAACUAAGGCCAGAGAUGCUUGCCUUACGUACCUCGACACCUUACCGUACCGGUGCCGCGAAGGUGGCUUCUACUCUGGCAUCGGAAAAAUGUAUGAUGAGAAGAAGAAAUGCCAUGAAAUCAGUCUAUGGGGAAUAGGGGGAGCCCCCCCAGUAGGAUACGAACCUGGAGCUGAAUUUCCCCAUCAGGCGUUGCUAGGCUAUGGAGAUAGUUUGGACAGCGUCUCCUGGAUGGCGGGCGGCUCCAUCAUCAGCGACAGAUACAUCCUCACCGCAGCCCAUGUGAACAGCUUCCCACGCGAGAAAAAGCUUAAAUUUGUUGCUUUGGGAGUGAAGAAGUUGUCGGACCCUCCCUCCUCUUGGCAAGUUCAUAGAGUGAAGAGGUUCAUCGCUCACCCCGAUUACAAGGCUCCCAGCAAAUAUCAUGACAUCGGCUUGAUAGAAACUGAAGAUCAAAUUACUUUCAACAAGAAUGUGCUACCAGCGUGCCUCCAUGUGACGGCUGUUGACGAAAACACCGCUAUUGCAACAACUUGGAGGGACCUGAAGAAGGAAUACAGCCAAUUUGCAGACUCCAUUCAAACGAUAAAUUUGGAGCAGUUCUCUGAAGAAGAAUGCAAGGCAGCGUAUUCAGCUCAUAGGCAUUUGCGUGAAGGAAUAGAUUACAGGACCCAAAUGUGCUAUGGAAGUAAAACGCAUUCGCCUGAAGCAUGCAAGGGCCUAUCCGGUGAACCGCUAUUGGUGAACACACAGCUAUCAGGCUGUAUCUACGCUAUAAUAGGAGUUACCUCAUUCGGAUCUGCUCGAUGCGAUAGUGCCUCAUUACCUGAUGUCUUCACCAGGGUAGCUUACUAUAAACCCUGGAUUGAGGAGCAGGUCUGGGGUUAGAAAAAAUAAGAAGAAAGAAAAUAUCGACUGAAGAUUCUCCAUGAACCAAGUCAAGACAUUUAAUGGUUAUUUAACCCAGUCCUUAGUAAACAGCCCCGGAUCUACAUUUUUUUUCACCCGGGGCAAAAUUUAAGAAAUGCCGCCCCCAACUACUUUUUUUUUUUUUCAUUAGGAUUUUGUCCUGUGUCGUGGGUGCGUUUACAAACAUACAAGUUCACAUGCACACAGACCCGAAACAACAAUUUGUGGAUCACACAAAGAGUUGCUCCGUGCGGGAAUCGAACCCGGUACCCGUUGCACGGUAGCCAGUUGCCCAGUCACCGCACCAACCGUGCAGUCAAAUCGUGUUUAUUUUCACCUUUUUCACCCAUAUAAUUGCAACAAUCAGAUGUCCACAAAUUGUUUGAAAUUUGGACAAAGCCUACAUACUAACCUACCUUCCGGAAAUAAUGCAUCCAUUAUUGUUCAUUCUGUGUUGUGUAUUAUUUACAGAUAAAUAGACCUAAACCUAGGAUAUAUAUGUAUUUAACAGGGUAGGGUUUAAAAUAAAAAUAUGCAUUAUAAAAUUAAAAAUAUAUUAUAUACUAAAUUUGUUAACAGAAAUUACAAUGUUACUCUUCUAGGUUUUUGUUCAGCAAAUAAGUCUAUAGCCUUGUCGUAAUUUAUCUCGUGUGCAAUACGAUUUUCUAUGGCUAAGAUUGCAAGACCCGAUAAGCGUUCCUGGCUUGAAAUUUGGACAAAGCCUACAUACUAACCUACCUUCCGGAAAUAAUACAUCCACACAGGCCUACAUUUUCUUUUUCACGAAAAAGUGUUUCAAGUUUAAUAGGUCUCCUAUAGUAAAUGGGGUGUGCUGAUCACGAAUCUGUGCUUAGUUUUUUUCUAGCAAGUCAGGUUUUUAGGAAAAGUGUGAAUAAAAUUUUUCAUAGAAACUGCCAAAAAAAUCUUAGAAAAUAUUUAUUAAAGAUAUAUUUAAAAGAAAAUUACACUGCAAAAUUGAGCUGCUCAUAAAAAAAAUAACCUACGUUAGACAGACGUUGGUUUUUUUUAAUGAAAUCGUUCUCUUUUUCCCUGAAAACUGCGCCCUGUUCAAGGCCCAGCAGUAAUCAGGCAUCAUUCUAAUAUCCCAACUUCCUUGGUAACGUCUCUCCAUCUCCUAUAUGUUUUGAUGGAACCCCUCUCCCUGUUCCUCGCUGACAACUCCAAGAUUUUCGGGAAAAUAGUCAACAUGGGAAUUCAGAAAAUGAAGUUUAACGCUCAUAUUGCAUCCCAGUUUUUUAUAAUUUUGGAGCAUCUUAGCUACAAUUUCUUUGUACUUAAUUUGGAGACUUAUUAUUUCCAAGGAAAUCUUCUAUGACUUCUACGAAUGAACUCCAUACUUCAGAUUCGUCCUGGGUCAUUGUAUUCUAGAACAAUCUAUCCGAUUUUAAAUUUCGAAUUUGAGGGCCUACAAAAGUUCUUCUUUAAGUUGAGCUUAAGAAAGUGCAGGAAAUUUGUCGCAUAUGUAUUAGCAGUCACCUUGUUUAUUUUAAGCUUUGACAAAACUGCUACAUCAAUCCUAACUUUAUGUGAAGGGGAGGUGAAAGAACUGAUUUUGGGUUGGUGCACAUUUUUUUGUCCCAGUACAAGUCUUUCUCUGAAAGGCCAUUCUUUCUUAAUGUAAUGUAAAUUUCGUGCUCGACUGUCCCACUCGCACAAAAAUCAUGGAUACUUUGUAAAUCCAGACUGCUGACCCAAAAGCAUAGAUAUUAUUUUGAGGUCUCCACAGAGUUGCCAACAAUAUUCGCUAUACUUUAUUUUAUUUAGCAACAGCUCAAGACUCUCGUUCGUUUCUUUGAGAUGCACGGAGUGAGCAACAGGCACCGAACCAUAGGUAUUACCAUUGUACAACAAGACACCCUUCAGACUUCUCUUAGAAGAAUCAAUAAAUAACCUCCAUAAUGUGGAAUCGUAAUUAUCAGCUCCCAGUUUCAUUACUACUUCCUGGUCCAUGAGGUACAGGUCGUUUAGCAGACGGUAAAUUAGGAUACUGAAUUGUAUGUUUGUUUUUCGAAUGGACACCCUUUACAUCACAAGAGCAAAAGUAACAAUCGACGAGUGCUAAAUAGUAAAUAUACAAACUACUCACAUUUUUAAAACAAAACACUGUCGUGGGGACAAAUCGACGAGGAAGUUUUCGAACAUAGCUUCAUCUCACGGUAAUCAAACGCGUGCUGCCCCGAUCUGCGAUUCCUGCAGGCGAGCAAGAGCCGGGCGCGUAUUUCUAAUCGACUUUAUAUACUUUUUUUUUCUGAUGUCGGGUGGAAACCUUUAAAAGGCGCCUAGCUUUUUGGGGAGAAAGACUAGGGAGUGUGGGAUUUUUACCUCACUAAAACCACCCCGGUGGCCACCUUCAGCACCGAUAAUGGGCACCCAGACCUCUAACUAGACCUGCUCCGGAGCCCCUAUGGUGCAACGCCUGUUACGGCACAUCCCUAGGGAGACAUGUACCUCCCAUUAGCCUCAUUGUGCAAGUUGCACGGCAGCACGUGACCACUGUGCCACCGUCUUCCCUGAGGUCGCUAGAUGGGCACCUAGAGUCCCCACUCUAGGUACCCGCGACCCCAAAGGUCUACCUGCAGUUGACGCAGGCGGGAUUAGGCGUCAAGACUGUUGCCACCUCGACGCCUUCUAUAAGCAGGAUCAGCCCUCUCACGAUCCCGCUCAGCAGCCUCCUUUUGAGACAUUACAGUCUCACAAAAGGAGGCCACCUCCCUCCAGUUUUCUGUAUCUGCCAGCAUAGCCUCUACUACUGCUGGCAGAGACAGGUCUCGCCCGAUCUUGGUAACCAGGACCCGCCGCUCCGAGACCCACGCCGGACACUCUUCGAGCAUGUGCUGUGCGGAAUCCAGGUUACCUCCGCAGUGGUGGCAAUUUGCCGUGGUCUCUCGCCCAAUCUUGUUCAGGUACUCACCGAAGCAGCCAUGUCCGGUCAGUACCUGAGUGAGCCUGAAGGAGAUGCGCUCCUCUCUUUUCAGCCAGGCUUCGAAAUGCGGCAAAAUGGCUUCGACAACGCGCUUGCGUAAGAUCUCUGGCUGUUGUAGCCGCUCACGCCACCGCUCGAGCGCGUGUCGCCUUUCUUGCCGCCUCAGCCUAACGAACGCCGCUCCUGGCACUCUACCACCGCCGUUUUGACGGACGGAACGGAUUUGGUCGUAGACCUUCGCGUCCAUAUCCGCCAGGAUAUCCAACGACGGAAAGCGAGCCAGGAGCGUUGCCGCCUCAAAGGACACCGUUCGGUAUCCUCGUGUGAUACGGAUGGCCAUUUUCCGCUGCAGACGAUAGAUUUUCGUUCUGCAACGUCGGACGCCUGACAGUCGAGCUGACCAAACAGGCGCCCCGUAAAGGACCAUCGAUCGCACGACACCCGCGUAGAGGCGGCGAACUUCUUCUCUUAUGUACUAUGCCUACGCGCCUAGCGAAUACCUAAUAAAAUGUUCGGGCAGUACGUCUCACUCCGCGCUCAGGGUAUCGGUAAAGUUGAUAUGGCCAUGAAAUUCCUGUACUUGUAGGUACUAUAUUUAUUCCGUGGUCAAAAUUAAAUAAAUGAUGAGCUGUCCACUGGUCCGUGAAGUGUGAAUUUUGCCGCCCCCUGAAUUUGCCGCCCGGGGCAUGGGCCCCGGCUUGCCCCCCCCUAGAUCCGGGGCUGUUAGUAAAAGGAAUGAUGACGGGGUAUGAAAAUUAAUAAUCUAUUUAGUCCGCCAGUUAGGUAACGAAAAAAUUUUAGACACGUAUUUUUUUUUUUAUUUUGUCAUAUAAGAUAACAAUACUUAGAUGAAACGAAUCAAAGUUUUGGAGUGGGAGCUAAUGCGUCAUAUCUACGUAUAAAAUGUAUAAAGAAGUGACAUCACACAUGGACAUUAAAAUAAAAAUUAGUCAUCUACCCUAUCUAAGGUUUUCGGAACAAAAUCGUUACUAAGGAAUAGUUGUAAGUUAUCAUUAAAUGUCUCUGAGUUUGGCAUUAAGUGUUUAAAAUAAAACAUUUUUAUUACAAAACAA